CACCACCAUCCCCCCGCCGGCUCUAAACUUCAUAUUAAUUAAUUAAUUACGUAACCAACCACAUACAUAUUAAUUACGUACCCCCCCCCCCCCCCCUCUCUCUCUCUCUCUAUAAAUAUAUAUAUUUGUAGUCAUCUUCUAUUUGGGAAGUUCGAUAGUUUAGAUGGCGAAGCUCUCACAGCAGGGAAGUCAGAAAAGCAGUUCGAAGAAUAGCAGCGGCGCCAGCACUAGCAACGACAGCAGCAGCUCCGCCGCAACGAAGGUGAAGAAGCGAACCCGGAAGAGCGUCCCCCGGGAUUCACCUCCCCGGCGGAGCUCCGUAUACCGGGGCGUCACCAGGCACCGGUGGACUGGGAGAUACGAAGCUCAUUUGUGGGACAAGAACUGCUGGAAUGAAUCGCAGAACAAGAAGGGAAGACAAGUAUAUCUGGGGGCCUACGAUGAGGAAGCAGCAGCAGCACAUGCUUAUGACUUGGCCGCAUUGAAGUAUUGGGGACAAGACACCGUCCUUAAUUUCCCACUGUCCACUUAUGAAGAACAAAUUAAAGAAAUGGAGGGUCAGUCGAAAGAAGAAUAUAUUGGAUCCCUAAGAAGAAAAAGUAGCGGGUUUGCCCGAGGAGUCUCUAAAUACAGAGGUGUAGCAAGGCACCAUCACAACGGCCGCUGGGAGGCUCGCAUUGGCAGGGUCUUUGGCAACAAGUACCUCUAUCUGGGCACUUAUGCUACCCAAGAAGAAGCGGCGGUGGCCUAUGACAUGGCGGCAAUAGAGUACCGUGGACUGAAUGCAAUUACCAACUUUGACCUCAGUCGUUACAUCAAGUGGCUAAAGCCAAGCCAAACCAGCGGUGCGAACUCCCAACCAAACCCUAACCUUAGCCCUAGCCCUGACGCUGACCCCAAUCCCGACCUCAACUCCGCUUACACCGCCGACCACGAGCUCUCAUUAAGCCCUAGCUCCACCACCCUGCCUCCGCCGCGCGCCACUGCAUCAUCGGCAUUGGGGCUUCUGCUGCAGUCAUCCAAAUUCAAGGAAAUGCUAGAGAGGACAGCGGCUACUGAUUGCCUGUCAACACCGUCGGAGUCCGACCCUCCCCGACGGAGCUUUCCCGAUGACAUACAAACCUACUUCGACGGCCACGACUCCGGCAGCAGCUUCGGUGAUGGGGAUGAUGACAUUUUUGCCGAUCUAAAUUCGUUUGCCACGCCGAUGUUUCAGUGCGAGCUUGAUGCGUGUUAGCUUUCUUUCUUUCUUUCUUUCUUUUUCCCCAUUUCUAAUUUUACAAUUUAUGCUUCCAUUCCUUUUUCUAAAUAUGGAAAAAGAAAGUCAGGCAAUUGGAUGCUGUUGGUACAUUAAAUGUAGAUAUAGAGAGCCUCGGGGUUUUGUUUAUUAUUCAAAGAUAUGGGUGUUUCUCUUGAAACUCUAUCACAUGUAAUGUUUUCUUGUUUGGAAUGAAUUAAUAUUUU